AUGGAGCCAGAAGCAGGACAUGGCGAGAGUCGUUUGGGUGCCGAGAUUGGUUUACGCCGUCGGUCCACUUCGAUUUCGGAUGAUUAUUCGGUGCAAAAAACAAACGAUGAUGCUACCGAAUGUAAAUAUAUCGCAGCGAAGAAUGAGGUAGAAGAUGAGGGAAAAGAGGAUAAUGAAAAGAUUGAACUUCCAAGCAAUAAGGUACAAUGGGCGACACUGGAAGGGGCUACCAGUAAAACUUAG